CAAGGUGCUCUUUUAGAAUUAUGGACAGUCUUGAGGCACCGCAUUUUAGAAUGGGGUGCCUCAAGACUGUCUAUAAUUUUUAAGGGGACCUCGGGCCUGUCCAUAAUUUUAAAGGGUGCCUCAAGACUGUCCAUAAUUUUAAAGAGUGCCUCGGGACUGUCCAUAAUUUUAAAGGGUGCCUCGGGACAGUCCAUAAUUUUACAGAGUGCCUCGGGACUGUCCAUAAUUUUAAAGAGUGCCUCGGGACUGUCCAUAAUUUUAAAGAGUGCCUCGGGACUGUCCAUAAUUUUAAAGAGUGCCUCGGGAUGGUCCAUAAUUCUAAAGUAACGAGGUGCCCUUUUAGAAUUAUGGACAGUCUUGAGGCACCGCAUAUUAGAAUGGGGUGCCUCAAGAC